CAUUCUCAUGUCUUUGAAGUCAUUCUAUUUGCAUUAAAGGACCAAAGGAUCAGAGGCCAUUUGUUACAACCUCACACCUAUAAGUUAGACGCAGGAGAAGCAUUAACACAGUUAACACAGUUUGCUCGCAGCUUCUUUGUUCGCAGCAUUCAAACGUUCAGGAUCAACAACAAAACAUUUGGAAACAUUUACAGAGUCAAUGUCUCAAGAUAACAACAUGUCUCUGCACCCAAGACAGAGUGAUUAUGCCGACCCUGAAUCCUUCAGAAGGGCAUUUGAUUCCAUGAAGACGGAAAAUCAAGAUAUGCAAGAUAUCAUUCAACAAAUGGCGGAGGAUUACAGUCAGCUGAAGGAGAAGAACAGAGAGAUGGAGGCCCAAAUUAAAAACCUCCGAGAAAUCUCCCCACAGGACCAGCCAGGUAAAGAUCUGCAGUACAAGCCUGACUUCAAGAACUUAAACGAAGGUUGGAAAAUUGUGCUCAAGAGAUCGCAGCAGCAAAUCGGAGAAUUACAACAAGUGGAAGCAUGGACUGAUCAGCUGGCAGACAUGUUUGAAAAAAGUGGGAAAAAAUAUGAAAGUUUGCAGAAAAAGCUUGACGAAGCACUGCAAAUAAAUAGAGAACUGCUAAAAGACAAGCAACAACAGGAGGCCAAGUACAGAGAGAUGGAGCGUGAGCUUCAAGACUUGAAAGCAGAACACAAAGAGAUGCAAAAGAAGCUUCCAGACUUGAAAGAAAUACAUGAGACAAAACACAAGGACCAAAACUUGGAAAAAAUACACAAAGAGACACAAAACAGCUUGGAGGAGAAGAACAGAGACAUGGAGGCCCAAAUUAAAGACCUCGGAGAAAUUUCCCAACAGGACCAAACAGGUGACGAUCCGCAGUACUUGCAUCACUUACAGAUCUUAAACGAGGCUUGGCAAACGAUGUUUAACAGUUCAAAGCAGCAAAUAACAACACUCUUGGUCAAAAAGAAAAAUACGGAACAGAAACUCCAAGACUUAAAGAGCAUAGCUAAAGAGAAAGAAGAAAUGGAUGCUUUAGCUGAUGAGAUGGCAGACUUGCUUAAAAAAAGUGACAAAAAAAUUGAAAGUUUGCUGAGUAAGCUUGAUCAAGCACUGCAAUUAAAUAAAGAAAUGCUGAAAGAGAAGCAACAACAGGAAGCCAAGCACAUGGAGACGGUGUGCGAGCUUCGAGACAUCAAAGUAAAGCAUAAAGCGACACAACAGAAGCUUAAAUAUGCGGAACAAAAAUAUGAAGCGACACAACAGAAGCUUAACUAUGUUGAACAAAGAUAUGAAGAGAUGCAAAAGAAGCUUCAAAAAAGUGAGAAAAAAACUAAAGGUUUGCAGGUAACGCUUGAUGAAGCACUGCAGAGAAAUGCAGAAUUGCAAACAGAGAAGGAGCAACAGGUAGAAGAGAUUAGGCAGGCAAAGAAAGUGCAGGAUGAGAAAUACGAAGAACUGAAGGAAAAGCAUUCAGAAAAGGAAAGAAGGUUGGAAGAACUCCAGGAAAGAUGCACCAAACUUAAAGAAGAGAAUGCACAUAUCGUCAGUGAGGUCCACAGACUCAUCCUCAAAAACAAAGAUUUAGAGGAAUACCGCCAGAAACAGAUGAGAAAGUCUUUCUGGUUUUCCAACAGAGGUUCUGCUGCUUCUCCACCUCAACCUGGAGAAAAAUAGGCUGCUCUUCCUCCACCUUUUCUCCAUCUCCUUCAUUUUCCCCUCUCCCAUCUCUUCACCUUUCAGAACACACGCUAAGGAGACUAAAAAAAGAAGCAGCGCCACUGGCUGCUUCAUCUAAUUGGCCACAACAUUCACUAACAGCGCGUCCUAAACAUCACAUUUAUCAUACAACUAAAUAUGCCAUUGAACCUAUCAGUGGUAGGUUAAAACACCAUUCCUCUUUUCCAUCACGCCCCCCAACCGGUCACAGCAGAUGGCCGCCCCUUCCUGAGCCUGGUUCUGCCCGAGGUUUCUUCCUUUUAAAGGGAGUUUUUCCUCGCCACUGUCGCCAAGGGCUUGCUCACAGGGGAUCUUCUGAUUGUUGGGGGGCUCUUUAAACCAACCAAGGAUAGGUUCACUGCCAUUAAAUAUGAGAC